CAGUCGUAGAUGAUCGUUGGGUGUGAGACACGAGCGACUAUCUACACCAACUCCAAUAUGUUUCGCGCUCGAGGUCGACUGUAUGCGGGCGAGCAGAGAGAAGAAGCUUAGACCCAAGUCUAUUUCAAGGCGCUCCUCCUUCCACUCGCCUCUCCGUCUCGACCGCCAUCCCUCACUUCUCGCCUUUCCUUCUCCCACGCACUCAUCUACCCUUCGUCGCCUUCCCACCUUCACCUCGCACCCUACAGUCCCUUCAACCAACUUCAACAUCGCUCACCUUCAGUUGACUCUCGCUAAGCUCACAGAGCCAGCACUCCAGCCAAAGAUGACAGACGCAUCCGACCUCUCUUUGCCUUCGCUGUUCUCUCCACAGAGCCAGUACGAUAUCAGCGACAUCACACCUGACAGUCCGCUGGCCACGAUGAGACACAGGCGUAGACGCUCAUGCGACGUUCCAGCGCUCCUUCAGCUUGCACCAAGUCCAUUCCAUGAUGAGUUACAGGUCAAGGCCAGAAUGCAAGCCCCGAUCAGUCCCCCAGUCACGGCUAUGACGCAGCCGGAGGUGCAACAGCGCAAAUUGUCCGGCACACGCGACCACAAAGCCGAUGGACUCGCUAUUGCUGCACCCUUCGAUCGGGAGUACGUUCGACUGCUCCAGAAGGUCGAAGAGCUGUCCAAGACCCUAGCGAACGAAAGACAGGCCCGACAUGAGACAGAGGAUGCACAAAUUGCUACGCAGUUGCAGCUGCAAAAGUCCGAGAAGGACUUCGAGAGGAUCAAAAGCCUCUUGGCCGUGGCAGAAGAGAAUGCCGACGAGCUGCAGCGACAGCUUGACGAAGAGAAGCACAAGAGCCGGGGCGCGGAGGAAGCUCGCCGAGCUAAAUGCGCUGAAGCUGCCAAGAGCGAUGGGGAGUUGAAGCAGCUCAGGGUCGACCAUCGCGACAUGCAGAUCGCGGACGACAAGCGCCUCAAAAGUGAGAAGGAUGCUCAUGAAAAGACUCGCCGCCAACGAGACGAGGCGAAAAAGCAGCUGGCCGACGUCCAGCGGGAGUGCAGCCAGCUCAAGGAGCAGCACAAACGCGGACAGGGACAGCUGCGGGAGGCUGAGGCAAAGUCUGUAAAGGAUAGCAAGGACUUGCAAGAUUGCAAGACCAAGCUGUCCAGGACGGAGGAUGCACUUUGCGAAGCGCGCAAGAGUGCUAAAAUUCAGCCGGAGGUGCGCGCGGCUCUCGUAGGCACUGCCGUCAACAGGGCACGCGUUCUGAAAGCGCGCAAAUCCGAGCCCUGCAAGAGCACGCAAAAGGAAUUCCCUGAGCUUCAACAGGAUCCCAUCGCUCUGCGUAAGACUUCGAAGGUAUCGGAAUCACGUAGGAGCUGCGAGGCAGGCGAGCGUCCUGUUAGAUCGACGGGCGCGCGAGUCUGAGAGCACCGCAUCGCUUGAGCCAAGGUAGUCGAGCUUCGCCUUCGAAGAGUACCAGCAAACUCCUGAGCGCGGAGCACGUCAGUCUCGCAUUUAUUCUCGACGCUGCAAGAGCACCAAGCAAAACCUCGUCGUGCCCACGACCAGGAACACGAAGCCGAUAUGCCCCUUCCUUUCGAUCGUUGGAGCAUACACGAUCUAAGCCGAAGGCCCUCCAUCCUCCGUCAGCGAAGUUGUCAAUGAGCCAGCCCCGACUCCGUGAUGGCACGCACGCCUGCGGUCUUCCAAUGCCCCCUCCUCCAUCAAUCUUUCUCGAGUCCGAAAAUGUCCCCAAAAUGUCCCCAUCUCCUCUCCUUGCACACUUAAUCUUCAUCACGUGCC